CUCAGGAUACCCGUGCUUUCGAGCUAUGCGGAGGGCCUAGAAAGCCAUGUUCGAGAGCGAUAUUUAAAGAAAAUUUCUGUGGUCGGUGUCGAUCCAGCAGCCAUUCCAAAGGAGCAGUUCCACUCAGAAUGUUUGCCCCCGAUUGAAGUCUCGGACCUUCUUUCCUAUUUAGUUCUCGAGGCAAGUUAUUAUACAAAUAAGCAGCUUAAAGCUUUCAAAAGUCUUGAAGCGUACAAGCAAGUGGUGUCUGGCUUCGUAAACUCGGUUCAAGGAGCAGAGAUUCUCAACAAGAUUGUUGUUGUGGCGAAGGUGAAACAUUCGCAACGGAUGAACGAUCCUCUGAUAGACAUUUGGAUCAUCGCAGAAAGUGAUGUUACCAUUCUUUCAGCUCAUUGCUUAGGCUGCAAGGCAGGCCUUGCUAAAUCCUGCUCGCACGUAGCAAGUGUCCUUUUCUAUAUCGAAGCAGUGACAAGAAUCCAAGGGAAACUCGCAUGUACUCAAACUAAGUGCACGUGGAUUCUGCCAACGUAUGUUAGAGAAGUGCCGUACUCGAAGGUGCGGGAUAUCGACUUUUCGUCCGCGAAAAAGCUUAAAAAGACGCUGGACCAAAGAAUCGACUCCCUGCACCCAAAUUUCGGGGAACAACAGAAAAACUCAGCGGAGAAGGACGAUCUAAGUUCGCCCAUCGCGUCUCUAUCAGGAGAAGAAAUGCAGGCUGUGUAUGCGAAGCUAAAUGCUUGCAAAAUUAAAGCUGCUGUUCUCAGCUUCAUCGAUCCCUAUGCUGACCAGUUUAUCGAUGAGAGCCGCUCCCUGCCGAUUAUUCCCGACCUAUUUGAAACGGGAAAUGUUGAUCUUGCUUAUCCAGAACUACUAAGAAAAUGUGUUGAAGUGACAUUGGAUGUUUCUGAUGAGCACGUAAACAAAGUGGAACUCAACACAAGAGAUCAAGCUAGUGGGUCGGGAUUUUUUAGACAUCGUGCUGGCAGAAUUGGUGCGUCUGAAAGUCACGCAGCAUUUCACACAAACAUUGCACAGCCCUCUCAGUCUCAGAUUAAAACAAUUUGUUACCCAAGCCUCUACAUAGUUAACACUAAAGCUACCAGGCAUGGUAAGAGGCAUGAAAGUGAUGCUGUAAAAACUGGUCAUGUGAACUUAACUGUUUAGAAGUGUGGCUUGUUUAUUAACAAAGAACAUGAAUUUCUCCAUGCCACUCCUGAUUUCUUAGUUUCAUGUGACUGUUGUGGCACUGGAUGCGGUGAAGUGAAGUGCCUGAUUAUAAUCAAAGAUGGCAACUUUGAGAACUUUGCUCAGCAGAAGAAUUCCUGCUUAGAAAAAGUGAAUGGACAUUUACAGCUUAGAAAAAAUCACAACUACUACUAUCAGGUGCAGCAGCAGCUUUUCUCUGUGCCUGGAAUCAAGUAUUGUGAGUUUGUGGUUUGUGCCAUUGAUGAGAAAAAGAGCAUGAAUUUAAUAGUGCUGCGCAUAUAUCCAGAUGUGCAGCAUUGGAACUCUGUACUGCCCAAAUUGGAAACAUUUUGGAGAAUAUGUAUUCUUCCAGAUAUUCUAGGGCGAUGGUAUAUCAGAAGAUGCACAGUGCCUCCUAAAUUACCAGAUAAGGAUGGUGUUUGUUUUUACAGGAAAAUCAGACAUGAGGAAACCAUUUCAUGCAGUAACAAAAAUUGCCCUUACAAAAGGUUUCACCCUUCCUGUCUUUCCCUCACUGCCUCGAGAAAGCCAAAGACUUGGUAUUGCCCUCACUGCUCUCAACUUCCCCAGUUCAAGAGAAGAGGUGGUACCAGGACAUCGGCACAACCCCCUACAGUAUCUAUUCAGGCAGCUAUGAAAUUGGACAACAUUUGCAUCUGCAAGGCUAAGCCUAGUACAACAGAGAAGGUUGUAGAAUGCCAUGGAGACAACUGUGAAAAUGGAAAAUUUUUCCACCUUUCCUGCCUCGGUUUAAACAGAAUGCCCAACAAUCAUCAAACAACCUGGAAAUGUUCUGAAUGCAAUAAAGUUGCCACUGUCCAUUCAGCCACCACCAUUACCAAGUAUUUUUCUUCAUCAGAUUCCUCAAGUGGUGAAGGGGAAAGUGAUAUUUCUAUCAUUAAAGUCACUCAUGGCAGCAGUGACAAGUCUAGUCCUCUGGGAAACCUAACUGACUCCCAUUUUGAUUUAAUUCUUAGUCCCACUGGAUGGCUAGACUGUGACAUUAUUCACCAAGCUCAAGUUUUGCUGUGUGGUGAGAAUUCAAGCAUAGAAGGUCUUCAGCGACCAACUCUUGGCCCAGUUAGAAAUUUUGACGUUGUCAGUGGUGAAUUCAUACAAAUUUUGCACACUGGUCACAGUCACUGGGUGUGUGUCAGCUCAAUUGGAUGUGAGCUGGGACAUGUCAAUCUUUAUGACAGCCUGUAUCAUGACUCUGUUUUAACCCAAGAGGUUGAAGAACAAACAAAUGACUUGUUAGGGGGCUGUUUGGUUGCUCUUAACCCUAUGCCAGUGCAGCAGCAAACAAAUGGAAGUGAAUGUGGGGUUUUUGCUAUUGCAUUUUCUACCUGCCUGGUCUUUGGAGAAGAUCCCACAUUCAUAAAUUUUGAUGCUCGAAGUAUGAGAACUCACUUAGCAUCAUGUCUAAGUAAUGGCAAGUUUACUUUGUUCCCUACAUUCUAA